AUGACUGGAACAGCGGCGAUUAUUUUUGUUUCAGAGCCGAUCUCAUUUUGGAACGAGAUGAAUAAAUUUGGACUACUAGAUCAGCUUGUUGACCAGUUACUGGAGUGCCUCUCCAACGUGAAAUGCGCUGCCAAAACUGGUGGUCUUGCUUGGGGUAAGUUCAUUUUGACAGCUCCGGCGUUAACUCGUGUCGUUUCUGUGCUUAAUAUGGGGGAUCAGUUGGUGAAUAGCAUUCAUUCGAAACCAUUCGGAGACUUUCACUCGAGCAAGCCACGUUUACCUAUCGAUCCCGUCUACAACGGCAAUCGAAAGCGCUCUAUAGACGAGUCGUCUCAGUGCUCUCAAUCUCGUUCCUCUCCGGAUGUCAAACGUCCUCGAGUACAGUAUCCAACGAACGUGAUGACAGCUUUGGUAUGA